UCUUGCCGGGACUGGAGGGCUCGAGUUAUGAGAGGCCCGACAGGCUGGGACUGUUUUGCCUGGAGCGGAGGAGGCUGAGGGGUGACCUUUUGGAAGUUUAUAACAUCACGAGGGGCGUAGGGUGACCAAAACUGAACGCAACACUCCAGGUGCGGCCUCACCAACAAAAGCCGAUCUCAGGUCCGGUUCGAACGUAACGGGAGCCCAGCUAGGAACUCAGAAGAUACAGGGAGUCCCAGCUGGGAGGAGACGGGGGUCACCAAGAGUCACGUCUGAGGAUGGGAUUCUUCGUGCAUAGCUGCCCCUUCCUACUCAGAGUACCUCGCAUCUUCCUGCAGAAGGCGGGGGCCUCUCUGGCCGUCUACGCUCAGCGCUGCCCGGUGAUGUCCCGCGGCCUGGCGACUUCCGUCAUCAACCUGCGCUGUGUGAAGGCGAAAGAACCGGCCGGAGCAGGUGCAUUCACCCAGCCACUGCUGACCUCGGCCGAGGCGAUGGUCCGUUUUUCCGGCCAGGAUCUUCUCUCCAUCGCUGCCAACUGCCCGUUUGUGGAGCUGGAGGUUAAGAGGGGUCUCAGCAAGGUGAUCCGCAAGGCAAGCCUGGCGGUGCAGGAAGACGUUACGGACACCAGCUCCCAGCAAGAACGGCCCAGGAGGGCAGAGAUUCCCGGCUGGCAGACGGACCUGGACACGAAGGACCAGGACUCCGCGUCUACAGUCUGUGACGGCAAUAACUCAGUGACUCACCUUCUCCAGGACAACAUGAACAGGGAAAACGCCUUCGAUUACGAUGGAUUCUUUGAGCGGAAGAUCAAAGAGAAGAAGGGGGACCACACGUACCGCGUGUUCAAAACGGUAAACAGAAAAACCGAGGAGUAUCCCUUUGCGGAACAUUACUCGGAGCCGCCGGCGGAGAAAAGGGACGUGUCGGUGUGGUGCAGUAACGACUACCUGGGGAUGAGCAGUCACCCCCGAGUCCUGAAAGCCAUCACGGAGACGGUGAAGCAGUUCGGCGCGGGAGCCGGUGGGACGCGCAACAUCUCGGGGACCAGCAAGUUCCACGUGGAUCUGGAAAUGGAGCUGGCGGGGCUUCACCGAAAGGACGCCGCCCUUCUGUUUUCCUCCUGCUUCGUGGGGAACGACUCCACGCUCUUCACUCUGGCCAGACUGCUGCCCGGCUGUGAGAUUUAUUCCGACGCCGGGAACCAUGCCUCCAUGAUCCAAGGCAUCAGGAACAGCGGAGCGCCCAAGUACGUCUUCCGCCACAACGACGUCCAACACCUGGAGCAGCUCCUAAGCGAGUCGGACCCAAAGACUCCGAAAAUCGUCGCGUUUGAGACGGUGCAUUCAAUGGAUGGUGCUAUCUGCCCCCUGGAGGAGAUGUGCGACGUCGCGCACAGAUACGGAGCCAUCACCUUUGUCGACGAGGUGCACGCCGUGGGACUGUACGGGGCUCACGGCGCCGGGAUUGGGGAACGGGACGGCGUCCUGCACAAACUGGACAUCGUGUCGGGAACACUCGGUAAGGCCUUCGGCUGUGUGGGUGGAUACAUCGCCAGCACGGCCGCGCUGGUGGACACGGUGCGCUCCUACGCCGCCGGCUUCAUCUUCACCACCGCGCUGCCGCCCAUGGUGCUGGCUGGCGCACUGGAGUCCGUGCGCACCUUGCAGGGCGACGAGGGCCGGCUGCUGAGACGGACCCACCAACGCAACGUCAAGUACAUGCGGCGCCUGCUGAUGGACGCCGGCUUGCCCGUCAUCAACUGCCCCAGUCACAUCAUCCCCAUACGGGUGGGCGAUGCUGCCAAGAACACGGAGGUCUGUAACGUCAUGCUGAGCCGAUACGGCAUUUACGUGCAGGCCAUCAACUACCCGACGGUGCCCCGCGGGGAGGAACUUCUCCGACUGGCUCCGUCGCCCCACCACCAGCCCCGGAUGAUGGACUACUUCGUGGACUGCCUGGUGGGUACUUGGAAGGACCUGGGCUUACCCACCCAACACCUGUCCCCGACUGCCUGCAGUUUCUGCCAGCGACCCCUGCACUUCGAGCUGAUGACUGAGUGGGAGCGUUCCUACUUCGGUGGUGCUGAGGGCCAGUACAUCACAGCUUGUGCCUGAACAGACAGCUCUGGCAGUUCCAGCCAGGGAAACAGCUCAACAAUGAGUCCUGGGCUAAUAACCGAAUGCACACCCCGUGCCCUGACACCCAGACAUGCCCCACACCCCUCACUGUAACAUAGACUCAUCCCGCGCUGACACCCAGACACACCCUGUGCCCCUCACCGUGAUACCGACAUGCCCCGCGCCCCUCACCGUGACAAUGACACGCCCCUCACCAUGACACCGCCACACCCUGCGCCCCUCACCGUGGUGACACGCCCCACACCCUUCACCGUGACACCGACACACCCCUCACCGUGACACCGACACACCCCUCACGACACUGACACACCCCACACCCUUCACCGUGACACCGAUACACCCCACACCCUUGACCGUGACACCGACACACCCCACACCCCUCACCGUGACACCGACACACCCCACACCGUGACACCGACACACCCCACACCCCUCACCGUGACCCCGACACACCCCGCGCCCCUCACCGUGACACCGACACACCCCACACCGUGACACCGACACCACACACCUCUCACCGUGACCCCGACACACCCCGCGCCCCUCACCGUGUCACCGACACACCUCUCACCGUGACACCGACACACCCCGGACCACUCACCGUGACACCGACACACCCCUCACCAAGACACCGACACGCCCGUGCCCCUCACCGAGACACCAACACGCCCCCACCCCUCACCGAGACACUGACAUGCCCCUCACCCUUCACCAUACCGCCACGCCUCGCGCCCCUCACCGUGACAGACACACCCCACACCAUCACCAUGACGACGACACACCCCACACCCCUCACUGUGACGACACGCCCCGCGCCCUUCACCGUGACACCAACACGCCCCUCACCGUGACACCGACACAACCCACGCCCCUCACCAUGUCACCGACACACCUCUCACCGUGACACCGACACACCCCGGACCACUCACCGUGACACCGACACACCCCUUGCCCCUCACCGUGACACCAACACACCCAACACCCCUCACCGUGACACUGACACACCCCACACCCCUCACCAUGACACCGACACGCCCCGUGCCUCUCACCGUAGCACCGACACACCCUGCACCCUUCACUGUAACUGCAACACACGCCGCGCCCCUCACCGUGACACCGACACACCCCUCACUGUGACACCAACACACCCCACACCCUUCACCGUGACAGUGACACACCCCUCACCAUGACAGCGACACACCCCUCACCCUUCACCAUGACACCGACACACCCCUCACCGUGACACCGACACGCUCCAGACCCCUCACCGUGACACCGACACACCCCGCGCCCCUCACCGUAACACCGACACACCCCGUGCCCCUCACUUUGACACCAACAUGCCCUGCGCCCCUCACUGUGAGAUGGACACACCUCUCACCGUGACACCGACAGGCCCCACGUCCCUCAUUGUAACACCGACACACCCCACACCCCUCACUGUGACACCGACACACCCCACACCCCUCACUGUGACACCGACACACCCCACACCCCUCACUGUGACACCGACACACCCCACACCCCUCACUGUGACACCGAUACACCCCACACCCCUCACUGUGACACCGAUACAUCCCCCAUGCUCCUCACCGUGACACCGGCACACCCCGCACCCCUCACCGUGACACCGGCACACCCCGCACCCCUCUCUCCAACGUAUCCUGCACAGCUCAGCGUAACAUUCCACCUUUGCCCACACCCCUCACAUUAACACUGACGUUUUACUGGGACCUCAGUCCCUCCCCUUUCCGUCGCACUUCCCUCCCACGUGCCAGAGCAUGCGACUCGACUGUCCUCAGCCAGUGCAGAGAAUUUCAACAUCCUAAAUCUCUCCCCUUCACCUCCACUCCAAUUGCUGAAGCUUUGCUGCACUAUUAAAGAACUGAAUUUGUCAAUUACCUGUAUAAGAGCAGACCAUUUGGAAAUAUCUUUCAAUACAAUUUCUCACCAUCUAUAACCAA